AUGGCUUACAAGCUCCUUGGGGGGCCAGACCUGCCAUACAGGAGGCUCUGUUUCCCCGCAAGGGGAUUCUGUGGCAGGCGUUCUUGGAUUACCGCCGAUGUUGCCAAUUCUCGCCAGGAGCAGAGACAAGAAAUCAAAGAGGCCUUCGACAUCUUUGACUCGGAAAGGACUGGCAAGAUGGACUAUCACGAGCUGAAGGUGGCCAUUCGAGCCAUGGGCUUCGAAAUCAAGAAGCCCGAAGCUCUCGAGCUGAUGCAAAGGUAUGACCGCGAAGAGACGGGCUACAUCGGUUUCGAGGCGUUCGAGGAAAUCAUGAUUCAACGCUAUGCUACGCAAGAUCCCAUGGAUGAGAUACGCAAAGCCUUUGAGUUGUUUGACGAAGACAAGCGUGGCAGAAUCUCCUUCAGGAACUUGAAGCGUAUUGCACGGGAGCUCGGCGAGAAGUUAACCGAUGAAGAGCUGCGGGGCAUGAUCGAUGAGUUCGAUCUGGAUCAGGACGGCGACAUCAAUGAAGAUGAAUUCAUCAGCAUCAUGAAGCAGACGUCCCUCUAUUGA